UCAUUUGUCUUUUUAGAGCCGAAUAGUGGUUGUGUUUAAUUGAUUGACUGAGAGGAGAGAAAAGGAAAGAAGUGUGUGUGAGAUGUGUGGAUGACGAGUCAUGGAAGUGGCGUACACAUCGACGAGUGACGCGGAGGCGAGGCUAGAGAGCGUGUUCCCGUGGAUCCGGUUGAGUCCAGUGUUUAGCGAUUUGAGCAGUGUUUCUGGCCUGGUGGCCAGAGGACCCGAGGAAGCUGGCAAGUUUCUGGGCCACCUGGACCCGUGUUGCGAGAUCGACACCGACUCCUGGGGCCCGAUCUUCAGGUACCUGGAAAGUCAGUUGAAGACUAGUUGCGGCUACGAAGCAGAACCCGAAGCCGUGGUGGGAGUGGAUUGGAAUUCGGUGCCGAGUCUCGUGGUGUGGCUCAGGUUCUUCCGCCUGGCCCUGGUGCACAGUGUGCAUUGCGAAUCCCGAGUGGGCAACAUCAAGGCCAUCCGAUCCCAGUUGCCCGACGGCGUGCAGCGGGAAUUGAUGACCCAGAUUUCCCAGGUGCAGGGCCAGUGUUUGCGAGGCGAGUCCCAGGACGACCUCAGGUCCAGCAACCCGUCGCCCUUGUCCAUUCACAGUUUUCUCUUCAAGGACUUGGAGACUGAAAAGGCGGAACUAGUGGAAAAAACCCGGGAACUGAGAACCAAGUUGACUGAUAGCGAGGAAAAGGCGCUGAAACUCGAAUACGCCGUCGAAGAGCAAACGGAACGAUCCCACAAGCUCAGCUCGGAACUCAAGGCGCAAAACGAGGAGAAGACCGAGUUAUCGUCGGAAAUGCGGUCGUUGUGCGACAAGUUGGAUAUUUUGCGCGAGGCGGCGAAUCGCGGGGACGCCGCGGAAGCCGCCAAUGCCGUGUUCCGCGACCGCCUGGCCCGAAUGGAGGCUGAGCUGGCCAAGCGAGAAGAAAAGCGUCAGCGGUUGGUGCCGGUGUCGGAGGCCGAGAAGGCCGUCGCGACGCUCACGGAGUCCGUCGCCGUGGCCCGGGAAGAAGCCGAGGCGUAUCGGAGACGAGCGGCGGCUGCUGAGGACGAAGUUGUGAGGCUCAGGCGGAAAAUUGACAGAUUGGAAGGAAAGCAGGCGGACUGGGAGCGGGAAAGAGAGGGUCUACUGGAAGAGUUGGCCAGGAUGCGGGCCACAGUGGCGGGCCACAACGGAAAUGAUGAUCUGGACAGAGCUCCUGCCCUGCUGACUGAGCUGGAACUUGAACAGAACUUUGCAGACAGUUACGAAGAACUAGGCCUGGUUCGAGACCAAGUUGGGAAGAUGAGACAGGAGCAGCAGUCGUCUUCGGACGACGGAUUCUGCGACUACACCUUGAACACGUCGGAGAGUUCGGCUACUACUGGCGGCGGUGGCGGUGGUUGCGGCGGCGCCGUGGAUUCCGACUAUGAAACUUGCGGAGAUUCGACCCCUAAGGAGGGAAGUUGCGGAUAUGACAAGGUUGGUUGGGUGGAGAGUCCCGUGGUGAUCGCGACUAUCGACGAGGCGCCCAAAUGCGUCACGAUCCACCACGUGAAGGCGGAAGUGUACGAGCCGCCGUCUUCACUCAAGAAAGGAAAACCCUGGAUGAAGCGCAAGUGGCAAUCCGAUUGA